GUGGAAAAAGAAAAUUCGACAGUCUUGGACAUUUAAAGAAUAUUGCCCAGUACAUGUAAGAUUCAAAGCAUCGUCUGAUGGAAAAGCACUCGAGGUAACAUCGGUUCAAAUGAAGCACAAUCAUGUCACUUCGAAGGUUCUAUACAUGCACAUAACCCUAGCCAAAGAAAACUUUCCAGUAACAUGAAGGAAAGCGUCAAGGAUUAUUUGAAUAUGCCAAUAGAAAAAUGAUACAGCAAAAAGUUCAAGAAAGUACUGGUAAAAUUGUUACUUUACAAGAUUUAACAAAUAUGAAGAUAUCCAAUCAAUCAAGAAAAGAAAACUUAGAUGGCUGCUUAAAUAUACUUAAAGCUAAAUGCGGUGCCAAUGUAGCUGUUUUGCGAAACGAAGACAAUAAUUUCAGAGGACUUUUCAUUCAAAGUCCAACCAUGAAAAGUACAAUGAAGGCUUUUCCAGAAUUUCUUGCAGUAGAUGCUACAUAUAAAUUAUGAUGAUGCAGUUGUAUUUGAAAGUAAAAAUCAGUCUUCUGUGGAACACUCUGAGGUUUGUGACGAGACGGACCUUCAAGACAGAAACAAUAUGAGUGAAGCGCUCAUAUUAGGUAAUAGAAAUACAUCAACUCUUGGUCAGUCACCUGUGGAAGCACCUGAGUUUUUUGUAACGAGCUGGUUAUAGAGGAGGAAAUGACACGAGAUGAAGCGCAUCAACUUUCCUAUAUUAGUGAUUCAGUUUUAAAUGAAGUCAACAAGCAGUCCCAUCAAAUAGUUGAAGUCAAUGAUUUCGCUUUGACAACAAUUAAGAUGCCUGUUUCAAUAAAAAAACGAAGACGUCCAAAAGAACAGGACUUAACAGUCAUAAGACUACCAAAGAAAAAGAAAAGAUGUACUGUAGCAUUUGCUAAACAAUCCUAUCAUGAAAAACAAAAUGUAAUCCUGAAUUGUUUCGUUAAGGAUCGUAACAUCGUUAGAGAUAUCACAAAUGGGAAAUUUCUUGAAACUGUAAACCUUAAAAUGCUUUCCGAAGAAAUAUCACAUGCCGUUCUUGAUGAGGCUGUUGAUAUCCACAUGAUAAAAAGUUUUUGCACCGAGAAAGCCUUUGAAAAAAUAACCAAUCUAGUUGAGCAGAAACGACUUCAACAAAGUUGGUUUUGUUCUGUGUGCAGUGAAGACACGCAGAAAAAUCAUAUGUCACUUUGUUGCAGUAGAUGCCUUCUAUGGAGACAUAUCCGUUGUGCAGGAUUGACUAAGCGACCUAAAUCAAAACUGUGGUUUUGCAGAGAAUGCUAUCUGUAGCAUUAUUAUUUUUAAGUUGACGUAGUA